AUGUGGCUGAAGCUCUGUAUUCUACUCAUUUAUUCUAUAAGUAACAUUGCUGCUCUUAACUGUACUCAAAUUCAAGACAACCAAAUUUAUGAGGGAAGUGAAAUUCAUAUUCCAGGAGGGAAUGGCGAUCUACAAUCGAUACCAGCUAAUUUUCACUGCAUACCCGUUCCUCGAGACUCCGCCUACAAACUAUAUGCAAGUGUAGAGUUGAAAAAUGGUAUCAGAGGAGUCAAUGACUAUAUUAUUGUCACUGAAGAAAGUGGAAACCGAAUAAGAAUGAAUAACCGAACUGGAAUCGGAGGGAACCCUUAUAGAUAUAUAGUAACUCCUGGAAGUGAGAUGACGAUUGAAGUGGUUACGAAGAGUGUAUUCAUGAACACAAAGAUGGCAAUCAGUGUGUAUUAUCGAGCGUACUGCAAACAACUUCCGGACUCGGAUGUCUCAGACGGUCAAAGUAUUUCUAUCCCGGGAAAUUCUUUACAACCAAUACCUACCCUCUACUCGUGUACUUACUUGAUAGCAGCUCCAACCAGCCCUACAACAGGGCUAUACGCUAAUGUGACACUGAUAAGCAACAUGAAUGGAUUUCAGGAUAAAAUUAUAGUGACAGAUAUAACAGGUGCCGACGAUUGGGACCGUGAUAUAAAUUAUUAUAAUUACAUUGUUAUACCUGGAUCUUCAAUGUCGUUUCAAAUUAAAACUGGGGAAUUGUUCAUGGGUUCGAUGUUUUUGAUCAGAGUGGAGUGGCAUGAAGUGAACAUUGGCCCAACUAAACCGAUGAUUCGAGAUGAAAUAAAUUAUGUCGACCUGGCGCUAUUGAAGGAUGAUACCAGCGUGUUCAAUUCUGUGACAUUCUCGGCAAAUGAACAGCUCGUUGUAACUUAUGCCUACUACGAUAAUACUGUUCAGAUUGAUUUUCCGAAUUGUUUUGUGAUUGAUGGGAAUAUCACAGAUCAAAAAAAAGUAUUUACAUUCAAAAACUUUGAUUACGCUGGGUACGAAUCGAAAUCUAAUUACAUGACGUUUGUAAUGUUUAGCAAGGGGACAAACGCAUUUGUUUUGAAUUUAUUGUCGGUUGCCAAAGAGUAUUACUAUCCAUUUGCUCUGUCAUCCGACUAUGGGCUCCAACUCUCAAUGAAUUCAAGUGAAUGCAACCCGGGACAGAAAACAGCAUGGGAAAUCAUCAACUUCGAAUAUAUCGGAAAUAAAGUUACCGAUUUAGUCAUUUAUAGUGAAACCUGCAAAGCAUACAUUGUCUCAGGUUCUCCUGGCAGUUCGAACAUUUUGUUGGAUUUGUCAACUGCUGAAGUACCGCACGAUUUGGAUGUAAAAUAUUUUUCACUGGUUGACGAGGAUUGUGAUUUUGCAAUUAGUUUUGCAGCGCUUGAUAGCGAGCUCAACUUUGCUCCUGGGAAGACGCUGACAACUCUCAAUUACAGUAAGAAUUGUCAUCAUCCCCACUAUCAGACAUCUAGAUAUGUGAAGAUGCUCCCGAUUUGUCAUCAUGCUUAUGGGUAUAUAAAGAGCCAGGAUGCUCAGUUCUUUACCCAUUUCCUUCUUGUGACUAUGGAUCCAUUUUCUUAUCCUCUCCCAACAUUUGAUGUUGAUUAUUCCUCCACCCCUACCUACUCUGGCUACUACCCUAACACUGAUUACUGGAACUGGGUCAAUUAUUACUAUCAACAUGGAUUCACUUAUGAUCAGCCGACGUCUUCUGAAUAUUCAUUCAUGACUUCUCCGUCAACUUCUACGAUGUCAACUCCAAGUACCUCCGUAGGUUCUGAUCCAACACUCCUCUCAAUGACGCCUCCAAUGCCAACUUCUACUUUUGCAACACCAAAUACUUCAUCAGCUUCUUCUUCAACUGCAACUCCGUCCUCAAUGCUUUCGAUGACAUCUCCAUUCUAUCCUAUGCCAACUUCUACAAUGACACCACCAACCACCACCACCACUCCCCAUCGUCCCCAGGAUGCUCCCAAACAAUGCUCCAACUGCUUCGUCACGGAAACAUGUCAAUGGAGAAAUGUUCGAUCGGAGAAUGGAGUUUUGUGCAAUGCUUGUUUCAUCUACGAGAGGAAGUAUAAGAAGACUCGACCAGUUACCGCAAUGGAGAAAUAUAGGAGUAAGAAAGCUCAUCGACAGGGUAAUUCUGACUAA